GCCAAGGACUUUCCCGCGCCAUCGCUCGGAGGUUCCAUUUCCGCCGUAGCACGCCCGAGACGACAUGUGGUGGUAUGGCUUCUGCGCUGCAUGGGGCUGCUGCGCAAGCCUGAGCUUCAAGGAGCAAGCGGUCUCCGUGUACGACCUCACCGAGCUCAUUAGCGCGAGCCGCAAGAACAGCAAGUACAGUCACCAAGUGUACCGCGCGACGCACCGCGGCACGGGCGAGAUCGUUGCGCUCAAGGUCAUGGACCGCGGGACGCUCGCCCACCCGACGCAGCGGCGCAACAUUCGCCGCGAGAUCCACCUCAUGUCCAAGCUGCACCACCCGAACCUCGUGCAUCUCUUUGGCGUGUACGAGUCGACCAACACGGUCGAGAUCGCGUUCGAGCUCUCCAAAGGCGGCGAGGUCAUGCGCCGAGUCCUCGAGCCACACGCCUCGAUCUUCUCGCUCACGGAGGCGGAGCUCAGCCGCGCGGUGGCCGACAUUGUCCAAGGCCUCGUUCACUUGCACGAGCGCGGCUGGAUACACGGCGACAUUCGGCCCGAGCACAUGCUUUUUAGCGAGCUCGAUCCGGACUCCAAGGCGCUGCUGGUCGAUUUCGGUCGCGCAGGCCCGAGCACGGUCUUUAGCCAAUGCAGCAAGAAGCUGCUUCGACAGCUCCAAGAAGCCCGCUUUUUCCCGCCGUUUAUCCUCGUACAAAAUGCACUGACGUUGUCGACGUUCCAACACGCGGUCCAAGUCGAUCUCUGGGCGCUCGGCGUCUCGCUCUACAUUAUGCUCUUCGCGGCGUUUCCAUUUCCCGGCGACUCGAUCCAGGCCGUCAUGGACUCCGUGCUGCACAAGCCGCUGCAGUUCCCAGCGGGCCACGCCCACAUUAGCCGCGCGGCCAAAGAUCUCGUGGCGCGCCUCCUGUCGCUGGAUCCGAACGACUGGAUGACUGCCGACGACGUGGCCCAGCAUCCGUGGCUCGCGAAUCCGGCGGUCGCGCCCAACGUGCGCUGGUCGCAUGACGUGGUGUCGCAACACGCGGACUGGGUCCUCUACUACAGCCAAUUGCGCACCGGCAUCGAGACGCCGGAGUCGACGACGGCCACAAGUCCGCGCCCAAACGUCGAGUACGAAGGUCGGUCGUCGUGCAUCUCGACCGACGGCGUCUUGGUGCUCGAGAGCAACUCAGAGAUGAGUGCCGAUGCGUACAUGCAGCAAGCCGACUGGGAAAUGUCCGACAUUCUGCGCAUGUCGUGCGAACAAGAGCUCAGUCAGAGUCCGUUUGGGACGUGGAAAGCGGAAGCGUCGCCGCAGCACGUCAAGGGCUGGCGGCUCAUGUGGAAUCGAGCGCUGCCGCCACCGUCCAAAGGCGAUGUCCCGACGCCCGACGCGACGCUGCAUCAACUCUAA